UUCAUCUCCAUGCUUGGCUGCCCCAUUUCAUCAACACAUCAUCGCUCUUCAUUUUCCUGUUACUGCAAAUCAACUCUCGCCAUUUCAUACGUCUCUUUCGUGUCGCAUGCGUCACAGACUUUGUUGAUCAUGGAAGCUGUCGGCCUUGGUGUUGGAGUCGCUGGGCUCGCGGGCCUGGCGGCUUCUGUCCAAGACGCCAAGGGGAAUUUUGACUCAUACAAGAACGCCAAAUUCGAAUCACAGCCUCUACUCGCUCAACGAUACGCGGAUCGGAUCUUGUUGCAGCAGUGGAGUGAGAGUGUGGGCUACAGCAACAAUGAAUUACAGGAUGGACACCACUCAGCGCUUGAUGAUCCAAAAGUGCGCGAAGCAGUUGACAAAAUCGUCCAGUGCAUCCAGAAUAUCGAUCUCAGCACAGGCGAUGCUCCGUUGGAUGGAGAGUCUUCGUCUGCCGGGAUAACGUCUCGACAGCAAGGACCGCGUGGCUAUACAAGAGGACCAGUGCGAUUGGACAAGUAUCACGGGUCGAUGGCCCGGAAAGCAAAGUGGAGUUGGGCGUUUCAGGAUAAAAGGAAGAUGUCUGAACAAAGCCAGAACGUUGCAGCACUCCUUCAGCGUCUCCACGAUUUGGUGCCGCCACCUCAAACACACACUGCAGAGACCACGCAAGCAGGUUCAGGAGUGCCGGGAGUGGAAAUGCUACCUAAUCUCAUACAACAAUUUUCCAUGGCAAUAGAGAAGGCCAUUGCUCAGGACAUGGAGCGUACAACUGGCGAGUUCAAGCGGGACCUUCUUCGGUGGCUAGGGACCACAUCGACCACGGCGAUGUUCGACAAUUUCGUCCAGAGACGAUUGGAGAACACAUGCGACUGGAUUAUCCAACGACCCGAAUUCAAGGAAUGGGAGAACCCGGGAUCGGACUGUACUAAAGUCUUGUGGGUUCAUGGCCCUGCUGGGUACGGCAAGACAAUCCUCUGCGCCAAGAUCAUCGAAUACCUUCAAUCCGCUCACUCCCCCGUUGCAUACUACUUUUUUUCUUCCGAUUCAGACACCCGUGCAGAUCCUUUUGCCAUCAUACGAGCCUGGGCUUACCAGAUGAUAUCCGAGAACGAUCACGCAUUCGAACUCGCGUUGGAACGAUGGGAGGCAAACGAUAGACGCCCCAUCUCUUUUGCAGAUAUGAAGGAGCUCUUUCAAGCUUUGGUUCAAAGCUUGCCAGCUUACGUCUUCGUUGUUGAUGGCCUUGAUGAAUGCGCGGGAAUGGGACACGAUUGGAAGAACAGCUAUCGACAGUCGUUGCUUGAUUUCCUUGAUUUCCUACACCAAUCCGUCUCCAAGUCAUCGCGGGUUGCCAUUUUCAGCCGUGGUGAGCCGGAGAUACGCGAGGGCCUUCGAAUGCGCGAAUCCGGAACGCGUUGGGCCCUCUUGGAAUGCCUCAUCCAAUCCGACGAUGUCAAGAAUGACGCUACGCGAUUUGCGCAGAGUAUUGUGGACCGGAAAUUACGGAACAAAAGUGAAACGCAGCGACACGAGCUGUCGUCGCGCAUAGUCGACCGAUUCGAGAGCAUGUUUCUUGGCAUCCGGGUUCUCGAAGGGCAACUCCGCGGCACCAAGAGUGUAGGGUCGCUCCACCAAACAAUCGACCAAGCACCUACCAGGCUGACUGAUCUGUACGACCGCAAUUGGAAAAGGAUCGCUACCCUUCAAGAACCGGACAGAAGCCGGACUCUGGCCAUCCUGCGAUGGACCACGUUCGCUUUGCGUCCAUUGACGAUUCUGGAGCUUACUGAAGCGCUUCUUCUAGUAGACGAAGAAUGUGAUACAUUUUCCGAAGAAGAACUACCAGACACUAUCGAUGAAGAGUACAUUCGAUUGGAGAUACUCGAGCUGUGUGGGCCAUUGGUCGAAACACGAGGACAAGACUCAGAGCCGGGGUCCUUAACUGUCCACCUGACGCAUUUUUCAGUGAAGCAAUACAUCCUCUGUCAUGAACUCAUUCCGAUGGGGCAGUUCAUUUCCAGUGGGAAUUUGCGGACUAGGCAGGACGCAGCUCAAAGCAACAUCCUUGGUAUCACGUGCCUUCGCUAUUUGAACUUCGACCAAGUUUGGGAAGACAAGCCAGCCGAAGGGAAGAGCCCAGCCCUUCAAGCGUUCCGAGAUUAUGCGGUGGCAUUAUGGCAUAAGCAUAUCAAAAAAGAUGCAAGCAACGCAGAGCAAGCGACAGACCAUGUGAACGCGUUCUUCCACCCUGAAAACAAAAGCUGG